AUGUCAACUUCGGAAAUGCGUCACAAAAUGCCGCCGCCCGAGAAGGGCAAUCCCCACAGUUUUGGUCGUAGGGCCGGGUUCCGAGUGAGAGCAGCUGUUGAUCAACUUUCGCGACAUGCCCCCGCGAUGCAUGUUCUCUUAUUAAUACUCCUGUCCAUAACAACAUGUGGGCGGACACACUUUCUUGAACAACGGUUAAAAAAAGUCGAGGGGGACCUCUUCGACAUGCGAGUACAGCUGGUUCAACCUUGCACCAGCCUCUCGGCUUCAUGGGAGGGUCUCAAAUACAAGCAACGAGGCACAUUCAAUGAUCCAGACGCGGUAAACAUAGCAGAGAGUCUCCAUCCCUCUAUCAUCUCGCCAGCAUUUGUGAAGAAAAAUCUUCAUCACGUAGAUGAAGGAGCUGCAGAUACCAGGUUCGAAGACGUACACGCGGGAACGGAUGGUGUUCAGGUUUGGCCGGAAGAUCUCAUAGGCGAUGUCGAGAAAGGACUCCAAACAACCACGCAAGAAGAUCCUAACCAAGUGCAAACCGGGUUACGAACAAGCUAUAUGGCGCGAGAAGCUUUCAAACAGUGUAUCAAGGAUCGGGACGGUCCCAGAGAUUUUGCUUUUAUGCACACCGGCGGCUACGUGAUUCAAUCCUUGACUUCAAAGUCUUAUAUUGCCUCUAAGAGUUGGCGAAGGCAUCUGCCUUGGUCGAAAACGUCACGCUCAUCCAAGUACACGAACACGAAGACACCCGGAACUGCACUGAGUGGCGAUGGUUCAGCUGGAAACUGUUGGGCUUUCGUUGGAUCAGUAGGGCAGCUUGGGAUAGGGCUCAGUAGUACCAUUGAUAUUACAGCCUUGUCGAUUGAGCACAUUGGAGCGCAAUUAGCACAGAAUGACAUCACAUCUGCACCUAGAGAGUUCGAACUUUGGGGGGUGAGUGAUGACGGGGAUGCAGUAGCCAGCACGACUCCGUUGUUCCAAGGGGUAUACAAUAUCUCCAGCCCCAGUUCAACCUUACAAACAUUCGAACUCAACAAAUCACAUAAGUUCGCCUACAGCAAGGUGCUGUUUAGAGUCACCUCAAACCAUGGGAACCCGGGGUUUACUUGCAUUUAUCGGGUGAGGAUACACGGCCAGUCAAUUUUGUGA